GACUUGAUUCGAGAUCAAGGUUUACAGAGAUCAGAAGGAGGGUCGACUGCAGGGCUGUCGGCCACGCCCCCAGCCUCGCUGCCUGGCUCAUUGACCAAUGUGAAGGCUCCUCAGAAGUCUCCGUGUCCACAGAGAGAGAGGAAGUCAUCGUCCUCGUCUGACGACCGCAAUAAGAUGAAAACCCUGGGCAGACGGGACUCUAGUGACGACUGGGAGAUCCCAGAAGGUCAGAUCACCCUGGGUCAGAGGAUAGGCUCUGGAUCCUUUGGGACCGUCUUUAAGGGCAAGUGGCACGGAGACGUGGCGGUGAAGAUGUUGAACGUGACAGCUCCCACCCCACAGCAGCUACAGGCCUUUAAGAACGAAGUGGGAGUCCUCCGGAAGACGCGUCACGUCAACAUCCUGCUGUUCAUGGGUUACACCACCAAGCCUCAGCUGGCCAUCGUGACCCAGUGGUGUGAGGGCUCCUCCCUCUACCACCAUCUACACAUCAUAGAGACCAAGUUUGAGAUGAUCAAGCUCAUAGACAUCGCUCGGCAGACCGCACAGGGCAUGGAUUACCUGCACGCCAAAUCCAUCAUCCACAGAGACCUGAAGAGCAACAACAUCUUCCUACACGAGGACCUGACCGUGAAGAUAGGAGAUUUCGGCCUGGCCACAGUGAAGUCCCGUUGGAGCGGCUCCCACCAGUUUGAACAGCUCUCUGGCUCCAUCCUGUGGAUGGCCCCAGAGGUCAUCCGUCUGCAGGAUAAGAACCCUUACAGCUUCCAGUCUGACGUCUACGCCUUCGGGAUAGUUCUCUACGAGUUGAUGUCUGGGGCCUUGCCCUACUCCAACAUCAAUAACAGAGACCAGAUAAUCUUCAUGGUGGGUCGGGGAUACCUGUCUCCUGACCUCAGUAAGGUGCGCUCCAACUGUCCUAAAGCCAUGAGGAGGCUGAUGGCUGACUGUAUGAAGAAGAAGAGAGAGGAACGACCCCUAUUCCCUCAGAUCCUGGCGUCCAUUGAGCUGCUGGCGCGUUCUUUACCCAAGAUCCACCGCUCCGCAUCGGAACCCUCACUGAACCGAGCCGGGUUCCAGACGGAGGACUUCAGCCUGUACGCCUGCUCCUCCCCCAAAACCCCGAUACAGGGGGGAUACGGGGAGUUUUCAGCAUUUAAAUAAGAUGCUGAUCCAGAUUCCACCAGUUCAGCCAGUCCAUCCCUCGUCCCUCUUCAACAAGUCUUGUGUUCCUGCGGUGGGUUUCUUCAUCCAUUUAACCAAAAACCAACAUCCUAGUCUCAAAGGAACGUGCUGUUUUCUACUUUCCACACCUGGAGAGACAGACAGACGGCCUCUUCCUCUCUCCGCGCCACAUCUCAGGAGCUCUACAGAUGAGAUCUGGGGAAUCACCACAUCGGGGAAAAACUACAACAUCUGAUUUUAGAAACAAGGAAAAGAAAAGUUGAAUGACACACAACCAGAUACACAAAUUGAAGACGCACUGAAGAAACCAAACCAGAGGAAGAAGAGAGAACUGUAAAAGGAGAGAACAGCACUUCUUGAUUGUAGGACUGAUGAAGGAGGAAUAUAACUGUUGAGAGCACAAGGACAGGAUUGGGGUUAGGGGUCAAGAGAGGUUAGAGGUCAAUGGGUUUGGGCAGCACACGCCUUCUCACUCCCCUCCAUGACGAAGAGGGCGGAGCUACAGGCACAGGAAACCACACUUCUUUCCUGGCUGCUCAUUGGUUACCCGAGAUGAAGGGGCCAGGUCUGAGCCAAUUGCUGAUGGGCUGGAUUUCCCAGGGGGGUGGAGUCGACCCUGUGGGAAGAGGACUUGAAAUAAUUAAUUUAUUUGAAGAAAAAAAAUCCCCAGUUCUCGUUUGUUUUGGGAUUUUAAGGAUA